AUGCAUCCCUUUAAUUUUGUGCCCCAAUUAGAUAACAAAAUAAAUGUUGUGUCAAUGCAACCUUUCCAAAUGUAUGUUCCUAAUAACAAUGCUGUAAUUCCUCAAUCAUAUCCCAGUGAUCAUAUAACGCAACAUUAUAGUCAGCCUAUAUAUUUUGAACCGUUACCACCUAUAUAUGUAAAAAACCAAUUACUACCUUCUCCUAUAUUAGUACAGAUGCCUACAACGGUAGUUGUUCAAAAUGAAUCACAACCAGCAAUGGUACUAAAUCAACCACCCUCCAAUAUUGUUGUCAAAAAUAAUCCUCCAACUUCAGUUUUUGUUAAACAAUCAAAUCCUAAUGUUGUUGUCAAAAAUGAAGCACCACCAAAUUAUGUACAAAAUGUGGACACAUGUCAAGAGACUAUAGUAACAGAUAUGAACCGCCCAGUAAUGACCAGCAUAAAUAAAAAUAUUAUGUAA